CAGUCGAAGCGCCGCCACAGAAUUUUGCUCCCCCCUUCCUUCCCGCCAACCAACACCAAAUUUUCCCUCGCUCCGCCUCCCUCCGCGCCAAUCCAAAGCGAUCUCCUCCUCCCGCGCACUGCAAAUAUCUUGAGCCGGGAAGCAGAUUAGGGAUCCUGUUCCGGUGCCGAGAUCUCUGCUCGCCGCCGCCGCCGCUCCCUCCGUCCUUCUUCACUCCCUCCCUCCUCAAGGCCAGCGCCUCGCCGGACGGAGCGAGCGGUCGCCCUCUUCGAGUUCGACGCCGACCGUACGGCCGCGGGUUCUUCGGGUUCAGGGGUCCUUUUGACCUUCACUUCUCUAAUUAGAUUUUGCUACAAAUAAGGCACUCUAUCUGUAGACUGUCAUUUAGCCACGAUGUCUGUAGAUUUCGCUCACAUAUUAGUUUCGAGUCUCAGAAGAUCUGCAAGAUGCAAGAACACCCAUGUAAUAUACAAUGAUGAUUAUGAAGAAGAUGAUUACGAAGAAGAUUUUGGGGAUGAAAGAUCAGAUGAGGAAGUUGAUCUUGAUGAGCCUCUUAUUGCUUUGAAACAGAAGAAAGAAAAGAAAUCCCUUCGUAAAGCAAAAAGAAAGACAGGUGCAUCAUCUUCUCCACAUGCUACAAUCCUUGAUACAUCACCAAAGAGAGAUGGAAUCACUCCUGUACAUACUUUCCAAUUCGAGUCAACACUGCAUCACUCAACGACAGAGAAGCUUGAAAGAAGAGCUGUAGAUCAAGAGCAUUCGAGAAUUGCUAUUGAACAUGCUGAAGAAAGAGCUGGGGAGGACAUCUGCUGUGCUGAAAUGGAAAAUGCAGUAUUUCGCACCCGUGACCCUAUAUCUGUUGUGCUGCAUCAGUUUCCCAUAGAAGAUAAUGGAUGUGGACAGCAGCCUGGUUUCAUCACCCCACCAACUGAACCAGAUGUUUCUGACGCCAAAGCGCAUUUGCAUUACAGUGUGGAACAAAAAAAGAUGGAUAACAAUUUUUCUUCACUAGAUCCCAUUGAUGAAGUGGGCAACCAUCAGAAAUAUUUAGACGAUACAAUUAAUUCAGAUGUGAAUAAGUCUUCUGUUGGGAAUGAACUUUUGAUGUCUUCUGUUAAUCGUUCUCGUGAUGAUCAUACAGAUAACAACGCAUUCAGGUAUCCAGAAGUUAUUGAAGCCAACACACCAGAAAGGAUAAAAACUAUGGAAGAGUCUUCUCAUAUUGAUGAUUUUAACACAGAUAUGAGGUGCACAUCGGUGGUCAUGCAACCUGAUUCAUGUGGAAGCACAGACAGGAUUUACACUGAACAUGAGGAUGUUGGGAAGAUGCCGGUGGAGGGUCAAUUAGAUUCACUAGCCUGCCAUGGUGUGAAAACAAAGGAUAUAUCACUGCAUAUGAAUGUUGAGCAAGCAGCCCGAGGCUACAAUUUUGCUUUUGAUAAGUCUCUUGAUUUGGCUCAUACUGCCAAUUUUGACACUCAAGAUGGGCGGCUAGAAAAUAUAGUUUAUGGUGCUCUGAAUAAUAAUGUGCAGCGGAAGUGUUCUGCAACAAAAACUUCUGUUGGAGUUCCAGAUACUAUUGUGGUUCUGAGCUCACCAACUGCAGCAAAUGUUUCACAUGAUGGUCAGUUAAGUGGUACAAUGAAUGUUGACAUUUGUAGAUCUGUUAAUGAUCAAGAAUCCAGAGAAGCAUAUGUUGUUCAACAAGAGUUAGCCCAGGCUUGUGUUAACAUGGGCAAAACUGGAUGUGCAAUAUCAGAUAGCUCCUCUAAUCCUGAAGAAAUACAAGAAAUUUCUGCUGGAUCUUCAAUUUCAACUCCAACCUGCCUGGGAACUGAUGGGCAAACUAGGGCGUCUGAUUUUUUCAUUGACGAAGGAUCAAUUUCAGAUCAUACUCCAAAAAAGCUGUUGUCCCAGAGAAAGAUUAUGUCACCAACUUCUCAGGAGGAGUUUUGCAACGCUUUGGCUGGUAUCGAUUUGUGUGGAGUCCAAAGGCUUGAGAGAAAGAUUAAUCUUGAAGAUUGUGAUGCAAGUAGUCAAGCAUUACCACAGACAACAAACAAGCAAGGCCGAUCUAUUUUAAUCACAGACAGGAAACUUAAGAGCAGAGCUUCUGUCUCCUUUGCAAGCAAAGGAGUUGCCAAGUCAACAGAAUCCCCAUCUCUUCAGCUGACAAGUUCGUCUGUUCUUUUGGACACUGAGAAAGCUGUUGAGUUUUCACAAAGGCAGAUGCAUGAUAUAGAGAGCAUUGCAGCAAAUCUUAUCAGGAGCUUGAAGCACAUGAGAAGUUUAGUGGACGAAAAAUUGUCAUCGGAAGCACAUUCUUUGCUUCCCAAUUUUAACACUGCUGAGAUGAGAGCAGCAUCCGAGGAUGCAUUAAAGGUGGAGAGAACUACAAGGAAAUGGUUGACAAUAAUGAACAAAGAUUGCAACCGUUUUUGUAAAAUAUUGACACUAGAGGGAAAGAAGGCUGUUUCGCAUCCAGAAGUGCCGAGGAAACGUAGGAAGAUAUCGUUCGCUGAUGAAGCUGGAGGAACGCUCUGCUAUGUUAAUGUGUUUAGUGAUGUACAGACCUCUCCUUCUACAUGUGAGGGUGAGUUAUAAACAUUAUUUGGGCUGAUUGCAUCAGGCAAUUUGGUCAUAAUAAGUUGAUUUUUGAUAAUGAAGAAUCAAACAAGAUGGCCCUGUUUUUUAUUUAUUUUUCAAAAGAGAGAUAGAUGGUCCUAGUCGGGAACUAAGUAACAGGGGAGUGCUUCCCUCAUUGUGUAUACUUUUUUUUUUCUCUCCUCAUUGGAGUGCUAGAGCCUAGAGUCCAUGUGAAUUGGUUUCCGAAACUGUUCCAUCAAAACUCCAGUUGUUGUACUUUGUGAACAAGAAUCAACUUACUGUGAUUUGAUUGUA